CAGCGGAGGGGUGGUGGGGUUAAGUUUCCCGCCAGAAAUACAUCACAACUUCUGACUGGCAAUUUCUCUCUCUCUACCUAGUCACUUUCUCUAGUUACGCCACACUGCUCAACAACACAACACAACACAACGAUAACAACAGCUUGGAAGAAUCGCGAACACCGCUGGCCCACGCAACAACAGAGACACAGAACAGCCAGAGAAGAGAAACCCGCGACCAUGACGGUCGACAAGCCCGAAAACCCCGAGCACCCUGAGCUCGACUCCGGCUCGGAAAGCGGCUCAGAGUCCGAGACUGAGCAGCAACCCCAGUCCAUCCUCAAGAAUCCCAUAGCUGCCGCCCCUCAAGCCGUCGAGCGACCGCCUCUACCGCCUCAGACAGAUCCUAAGGAUCUCGACAUCUCGACUCUGUCGCCCACCACCCCCGAAAUCAUUGCCCGCCAGGCCACCAUCAACAUAGGCACCAUCGGCCAUGUCGCUCACGGAAAAUCCACCGUCGUCAAGGCCAUUUCAGGCGUCCAGACUGUCCGUUUCAAGAACGAGCUGAUCCGUAACAUUACCAUCAAGCUGGGUUAUGCAAAUGCCAAGAUAUAUAGGUGUUCCAACGAGGCAUGCCCACGGCCGACCUGCUUCCGAUCUUAUAAGAGCGACCAAAGAGUCGACCCCCCUUGUGAACGUGAAGGAUGUGGCGGAACCUACCAGCUCUUACGGCACGUCAGUUUCGUUGACUGCCCUGGUCACGAUAUUCUCAUGAGCACUAUGUUGUCAGGUGCCGCCGUCAUGGAUGCCGCCUUGCUUCUGGUUGCUGGUAACGAAAGCUGCCCUCAACCCCAAACUUCCGAACAUUUGGCAGCUGUAGAGAUCAUGAAAUUGGAGAACAUCAUUAUUCUUCAAAACAAAGUUGAUCUAAUAAAGAACGAAACCGCUAUGAAACAUUAUGAGUCUAUCCAGCAAUUCAUCCGUGGCACGGUCGCCAGCAAGUCACCUAUUAUACCCAUCUCUGCUCAACUGAAGAUGAACAUUGACUCUGUCAAUGACGCGAUUGUUAAUAUCCCCGUACCCGUGCGAGAUUUCUCCAUGGACCCUUACAUGAUGGUCAUUCGAUCCUUCGAUGUCAACAAGCCAGGUGCCGACAUUGAUGAGCUUAAGGGAGGUGUUGCCGGUGGUAGUAUCCUUCAUGGUAUGCUUAAGAUGGGUGACGAGAUUGAAAUUCGACCGGGUAUCGUUACGCGUGACGACAAGGGCAACCUGAGGUGUACCCCGAUCUUCAGCCGCAUCGUUUCCCUCAACUCCGAGGCCAAUGACCUCAAAUACGCUGUUCCUGGUGGUUUGAUUGGUGUUGGUACACGAAUUGACCCGACACUCUGCCGAGCGGAUCGUCUUGUUGGUUUCGUCCUUGGUCUCCGUGGAAGAUCCCCGGAUAUUUACGGCCAGAUCGAGGUCAACUUCUACCUGCUCCGACGUCUUCUCGGUGUCGCCGAUGGCAAACAGCGCAAGGUCGAGAAACUUGCCAAGAAUGAGAUUCUCAUGGUUAACAUUGGAUCGACAUCAACUGGUGCCAAGGUCGCAGCCAUCAAGAGAGAUGCUGCUAAGCUGGUUCUCACAAGUCCCGCUUGUACAAAUAUCGGAGAGAAAAUCGCUCUCAGUCGGCGUAUUGAAAAGCAUUGGCGUCUUAUUGGUUGGGCUACUAUUACGGCAGGUGACAUCCUGGAGCCUACUAGCAUGUAAAUGAGACAUGACAAAAAUAAACCAGCACGUUAAUCCACUACGACGACCGUGAGGUUUGCCAGUAAUACGUCUGACCUGUUUCUUGGUAACCUUGCCACUCAUCUUGAGAUAUCUCACUGGCUUGUUCUUGUUGUUGUCUCCUUGACGAAUUUCACGUGUGAACGGAUGACUUAUCAUCUAGCAGGCUAUAGCUAGACUUUUUUGAUGACGGAGAUUGCAUCAUGCCAUCGGUUCGGAAGGAGGGGCCAUUUCGGUAUGAUUGAUACAGGUUGGAGUCCGGACUGGUGUGAUUGGAAUUGCGGUUUUGUUGAAUAGCAUCUGGCGGCCAGGAAAAAGCAUCAGUUCAAAUGAUAGUGUGCUUAGAUAGUCUGGUAUCUAUUUGUAUUCAUAGAUGCGUUUCCGCGCCAGCGUACUAGCAUCUAGAAAACUAAAAGAACGAGUCGAAACAUAAGUAUUCAUUUCAAUCUUUGAUUCUAUUAAUCAAGAUUCACCUCACAUUUGAUCAACAAGCCUGUUGGGCGAAGCAAAUGAGGCCGUAGUUU